CAGAGGGACACAGACAGCACAGACUGGUAGGGGACUGGUUAAGACAGCAAGGCAGAAGGAGACAUGCACAGAGGCUAAGAGACAGGAGGCAUGUAGGGGGAGAAGUAACAUCCAGAGGGAAGUGAACUACUGAAACAGAGAACCAUCAAGAGGUACAGUAGGAUACACAGAUCAAGGUUACCUGAAAAAAAGGAAAAUCCACACAGAGUACACAAAAGAAGCACAAAGAAAACAAAAAACAAAAAAGUUCUGAAGAUGCCCAAGGCAAAAGGCCCUAAGGGUAAAAAAAUCACAUUGAAAAUUGCAAAAAACAGCAUCAAAAUUACACUGGAUGGAAAACGCAGACUUGAUCUUUCUAAAAUGGGCAUUGUAGCGAUUCCAAAGUGCCUUUUAAAGCUCUGUGAUGUGGAAGAGUUGGAUCUCAGCAGAAACCAAAUAAAAAAGGUGCCUGACUGGAUACAUCGCUUUCAGAAUUUACGGUGGCUGGACCUACACAGUAAUCAGAUUGACAAGCUCCCAGAGUCCAUCGGCCAACUCCAAGCACUGCUGUAUCUCAAUGUUUGCAACAACAAGCUGACCACAAAGGGUGUCCCAAUGGAACUAGGCCAUCUUAAGAAUCUCUGCUAUCUUAACCUUGGGCUCAAUGCCAUUGAUAUGCGACCUUCCAAUGUGGGGGCCUUGAAAGAGCUGAAGGAAGUGGGUUUGUUUGAUAAUCACCUUACUUCUGUGCCCACAAAUCUCUUGAAACUUCCCAAACUAAAGAAGCUAAACACCAAGAGAAAUCCCAUUCCACCUACCCGUGAGGAGCAAGAGGCUGAAGAACAGGAUACUGUUCGUAGAGUGGGGGAUCUUUACCUGGUCAACAAGAAGGACUUGUGCAAUCCAUGCAUGACCAUGUGCCAGCAGGACAGGAGCAAGAUAAAGAGCAUUGAGUCAUCUGCAUUGAGGAGGCGCAAUUUCACCAACAUGGUGAUACCCAACUCCAUUGUCAAAGAAUUCUAGUAAAGAUGAAGAGUCUGCGUGUGACAGUAUAGAAGCAGAAAUUGCAGGACUAGCAGAGGAACAACAUUUGCGUAAAACUAGAAUGGGAAUUUACAGGGCGCUGAAAUGACAAUGUCGGGAACUAGAAAUGAAAAGUGUGCUAAAGAUUAAAACAUAAAACCGCACAUAUGAAUGUGUGAUCUGAGGUAAGGGGGGGGACACAUCCAUCAUUCAACUUACAUAAAACUUACAUUGCCACCAAUCUA